GAAUGGCACAUCAGCCCUGUUUUGUCCCGUUCAAUAGCAGCUUUAAGGGAUUCAGUGUCUCCAGAAGAUAACAGGUUGCUGCUUCAGGUUGGAAGGCUUCAUUUGGACCCUGAAUUACCUGCAGUCCAGGGGCCCCAUGCGGAGGGCCGGCGAUUCUCAUGUAAAACAUUCGGUCUCAGGCUUUAAUUAGUGACGUUUCGGGGAGUGUGGAGCUAUAAAGACGAACCUCCAGCUUUCAGAUCGCACCAGAAGAAGAGGACUAGGUCUCCAGAUGGCUUCUCUCACAGUCAGCGCGCAUCAGAACCGCUCGAUGCCCAGACAGUCUGCCUUCUCCAUCGACAGCAUCCUGGGACUCGACAGACCGGAUCAGAGAACCGCCCUGUCAGCACCUUACCGACCGUGGACAGACGUGAAACCAGCGGGUCAGAACCGUGGCGUGGUCGCAGACAGUGAUGUUUCAGUGGAUGUGAGGGUGAAUGAAGACGGUAAAUCUUACAGUAAAUCACCAGCAGACGCUUACAGGAGAACACUGAACUGGUACAUCGGGCGCAGGCCGCGGACGGCUUUCUCUAGUGUUCAGAUCAAGAUUUUGGAGAGUGUGUUUCAAGUGAACUCAUACCCAGGCAUUGACAUCCGUGAAGAACUUGCUAAGAAACUGCAUCUAGAUGAGGACAGAAUUCAGAUUUGGUUCCAGAACAGAAGAGCGAAGCUGAAGCGUUCACACAGAGAAUCUCAGUUCCUCAUGGUGAAAAACGUCCUCAGUGAUUUACAGUCCAGCAGAGAACGCUGAUUGUCACAAAUCCACAUUUGUUCAUAUUAUUAUUAUUAUUAUUUCUGUCGCUCUGCCUUUCUCUGUGAUGUUGUAAUUUAUUUUAUAUGUCUUUACCAGUUAUGUAAUUAUUAAUCUUUUACUAUGAUUUAAAUGCUUAUUGAGUUUGCUGAAAAUAUAAAAGAAUAAAUUAAAUAGAAACACAAUUUUAAUCUAGGUUUUUAAUUCUGGGAAGGUUUCUCUACUUCCAAGUGGAGUUAAGUUAACAUUAUCUUCUGCCAACUGUUAAGCAAACACAUCACCCUCCACCUCUAAGCUAAUUAGUGCUUUGUAACUAGGGUUUAGUAAACCUAUUAUGCAUUGAUUGGUUCACAAAGGGGGGUUUCUCUGAGGGGGGCAUUUCAACAGAAUUACAUUUGCAUUUGAGGUAGUCGUGGGAUUUUAACAUUUCCAGCACUUGCACAGUUUUGUGUGUUUAAAAGGAUGUAUUAUAUUAUAUACACAUAAUAAAUAUGUAUAUAUGCAAACACCAGGUGGCACUAUUGUUUUAAAUCUUGCUCUUGAAAUAAUGCCUUUUUUUCUAAUUUG